AAGCCAAUUCCUGGAAAGAAAAAGGCGGAAGAUUUCGAAUUUGGUAAAUUAAUUGGCGAAGGCUCUUAUUCUACGGUUGUAUUAGCACGUGAUAAAAAGUCACAUAAAGAAUACGCAGUCAAAAUUCUGGAAAAACGCCUCAUUAUUAAAGAACACAAGGUGAAAUAUGUUUCUCGAGAAAAGGAAGUCUUCAGUCGACUCAACCAUCCGUUCUUUGUCCGGUUAUAUUUUACAUUUCAAGAUAAAGAAAGACUUUACUUUGUGUUAAGUUUUGCUAAGAAUGGUGAGCUGUUAAACUACAUCAAUAAGUUAGGGAGCUUUGAUGAAUAUGCGACUCGAUUUUAUGCAGCGGAAAUCACCUCAGCUUUGGAAUAUUUACACGACCAAGGUAUCAUUCACAGAGAUUUAAAGCCUGAAAAUAUUCUACUUGACAAUAAUAUGCACAUUCAAAUUACGGAUUUCGGAACUGCUUUUGUGGAAGGCGAUGAUAAUGCUCGAGCUCAAUCAUUUGUUGGCACUGCUCAAUAUGUAUCACCAGAAUUACUAACAGCAAAGAGUGCAUUUAAAAGCUCGGAUUUAUGGGCUCUUGGAUGUAUUAUCUAUCAGUUUGCUGCUGGAUUGCCUCCAUUUAGAGCAACGAAUGAAUAUCAAAUUUUCCAAAAAAUAAUCAAUUUAGAAUAUAAUUUCCCAGAUGGUUUCGACCCCACUACGAAAGAAUUGGUUGAGUGUUUAUUAGUCAAAGAUCCUAAGCAACGUUUGGGUUGUCCUGAAAUGGGCGGAUAUAGCAAAUUGAAAGCUCAUACUUUCUAUGAAGACAUUCCCUGGGAAAAAUUAGCGGAUUUAGAACCGCCUAAACUGGCUCCUUUUUUACCAGCAAAGAGUAAAAGCCAAGAAGAUCUGCGUGGCGACGAUGAUGAUGAUUUCGAUGAAAGGAUGUUAGCUCAAUUUGGUUUAAGUGAUAAGGAAAGAAAUAAGGAAUUUGGAUUGCUCUCCAAUAUUAAUAAAGAAGACCGUAAGCGUAAGCUAGAUAAGCAACAAAAAGAUUCCAAAUGGCAUAGAUUUGUAGAAAAUAAUUUAAUUCUAAAAAUGGGCCUGGUAGAUAAGCGAAAAGGUUUAUUCGCCAGACGUCGUCAGUUGUUAUUAACAGAAGGGCCGCAUUUAUACUACGUCGAUCCACAAGCAAUGGUGCUAAAAGGUGAAAUUCCCUGGUCCCGCGAAUUGCGCCCAGAAGCCAAAAAUUUCAAGACAUUUUUUGUUCAUACGCCAAAUCGAACUUAUUAUCUUGAAGACCCAAAUGGCUACGCGAUAGAUUGGGUCAACAAAAUUGAAGAUGUGCAUAAAGAUAUUUAUCAGAGAUCCGCAUCAGAUUCAGUUGCUGAAUUUGUUUAA